UCUCUCUCUCUCUCUCUCUCUCUCUCUCUUUCUCUCUUUGUCUUUCCCUUUCUCACUCCUUUUCUAAACCCUUUUUUUUUCAAACGAAUAUAUCGUCGUUCGAUCGUCAAACGAUAGAAGAGGAAAGAUAGUUUGACACGAUCCUGGCUAACAAUCGUCCAAUAAUUGUCAAUUAACGAGGCCAGAAGAGAAGAGGAGAGAAGUAUACGUGUUCGAAAAAAAAUUCGAUAGAUAUCAAUAGGAUAAUAAUUACUGUUCGAUGAAUUCGUUGGACUUUGAUGGUGCAUUGGUGUUAAAGAUUUAAUAUUAAUUAUUAUAUAAUACCGGCUGUCGGAAAAAUGAAAGAGGUGCUCGUGGACGACGUCAUAUUAGAAGAUGGUCGUGGGAAUGGGAUUAAAUUUGUUCCCAUCGUUUCGUCGUGCGACAACGUUGACAUGUGAGAGAGAGAGAGAGAAAGAGAAAUAGAGAGUAUAAAAUGAAAUAAAAAAUAGGACGUCGGGCGUCGGGUGUCGCGGAGGAAGAAAGAAAGAAAGAAAGAAAGAAAGCAAGGAAGGAAGGAAGGAAGGUUGUGCGGUUUUAAAGGAUCAUCGGUGAACUGGAUGCGUUAAUAGUUUUCAAAUGGGCGAGAGAGAGAGAUAAAGGACAUAGAUCAAAUUAAAAAAGAAAAGAAAGAAGGAACGAGAAGAAGGACCUAAGGAUUAUAAGAAGACGAUCGAAAGUUUUCUCUUUCAAGGAGAGAGAGAGAGAGAACUUUUUCUUUUUUUUUUUGCUUUCGAUAACUCGAAAAAAAAAAAAAGUAUAUAUACGUCGUGAGUUUUCGUUAAUCGUUAUGACGAUUUCGCGAGUGUACGAGAACGAUCUUUGUUGUAUUCACGAGACAUUUUUUAUUUACUUCUUUCUCUGUUUUUUUUUUUUUUUCCUUCCCCCUUUCCUCUUUCAAUCGAUCACGUUGAAAUAAUAAAUACGAGAAAGUUUUGAUGAAGUCGAACGGUGUAUACAUAUUUUUACCUAUGUACACUUGUGCGUCUCGUUUAAUCGGCGUAAAGUAUUUGGAAAAAGACAUCCGUCGGAAAUUUCGUUCGUCUCAAAUGCUUUCGAGUUAUACCCCGUCAAGAAUUAUCAAGGAAUUAUAAAUAAUAAAGGAAGAAGACACGGAGCAAGAGAUAGAUGGACAGACAGAUAGACAGAUAGAUAGAUAGAUAAAGAGAGAGAGAGAGAGAAAGGGAGAGAGAGAGAGAAAGAAAGAGAGAGGAGAGAUAGGAAGUUUUUAAAGAUUUCGUCGGAAGACUUAAAGCGGCUUAAAGUUAUGCCGCAUAAAACGUUGCUGUUGGAGUUAAGAAGAAGUUAAGAUAAAAAAAAAAAAAAGAAAAGUGGGGGGGGGAAGAGAACAGGGAAAGAAAAGAGAAAUAAGAGGAAAUGAAAAAAAAAAAGUAAAUAAAUAAAAGAGGAAAACAAAACCAAAGAAACAAAAAAGAGAGAGAGAAACAAGGGAAGAGAGAAGAGAAAAGGAAAAGGAGAAAAGAAAUUAAACGGAGAAGGAGAGGAGAAGAAAAUGAAUAGUUUAGGUGGUAAAGAGGAUGGUAAAGCCAGGGAGGAAGAUAGUCAUGGCGUAUAAACGUUGCGAUUUAACCCUCUUAACGGACGAGUGAGAAUUUGAGAAAUUUCGCGGUCUAAUCCGAUGCUCGGCGGGUCCGAGGUAACGAGGAACGGAGGAAGAAGAAGAGGAAGAAGAGGAGAAGUGGCAGGAGAAGAAGGAGGAGAAGAAGAAGGAGGAGAAAGAGGAGAAGGAGGAGAAGGAGAAGAAGGAGGUGGAGGAGGAGGAGGAGGUAGAAGAAGAAGAAGAAGAGGAGGAGGAAGAGCAAGAGGAAGCGAAAGAAGAAGCUAACCCUCGGUUCGUUCCUUGAAAAUCCUUCCUCGAUUAAGGAGGAAAAGGAUUCUCUCUGCCGUUAGUUCGGCCAUAGCGCGAGAGAACCCGAAAAAAUAUGGGAUGGUCGUGGAAUCACAGAAAGAAAGUGUCGAGAUAAUCGUUUCGAGAAGCGUCGCCGCCAAGGAUGAGGAAGCUUUGCUGAGGAAGCUAAAAACGUGCCACACCGGGACGGUGUUGUUAAGUGUGCAGUGAUCACGGGUGACCGAGGAAAGACGAGAAAGAGGGUGGUCAAUAUGACUCCUAUCUUCCUCGUUCUGUUGGUGGCAAUCGACCCGAUUAUCGCGCAGAAUGGUGGAAACAUCAGCGACUCGCAAUACAUCACGUACAUGACAAAUCCACCGACGAUCCUGGUGAGGCCUCAAUCGCAGCAGGUGAAGGCAGGUGGAAUAGCGAGUUUCUUUUGCACGGCUCAAGGAGCACCGCCCCCCCAAAUACACUGGAGGAAAAACGGCAAGAGAAUUUCGCAAUCCCAGUCACGAUACCUGGUACAUACGUACGAGCAUGGAGCUUUACUACGGAUCGAACCUGUCAAAACGGCACGAGACAGUACAACAUACGAGUGCGUUGCGGAAAACGGAGUCGGCGAUGCGGUAUCCGCCGAGGCUCAGCUCACCGUUUACGAAGCGGAGAAUUUACCAGCGGGCUUUCCGAUGAUCACACAAGCGCCAGCAGCGAAGGUGGUUGAGAUGGGUCAUAAUGCCGUUCUGCUUUGUGGUGCCAUUGGUUCGCCAACGCCCAUCAUUUCUUGGGUUCGAAAUAUGCUGCCCAUGGACACGUCCAAUCCACGUUUCACGGUUCUGGAUUCUGGUACAUUGCAAAUCACAAACUCUAUCAGUAGCGACCAGGCAAAAUACGAAUGCGUGGCGAACAAUUCUGUCGGCACGGAAUAUUCGAAAUCAACUCUGCUAUACGUUAAAGUUCGUCGCGUUGCCCCGAGCUUCUCGAUACCACCGCCAACUCUGAGCGAGGUCACGCUAGGAGCAUCAUUGAAUUUGAACUGCGUUGCUGUUGGUGCACCUAUGCCGGUUGUACAAUGGCGAAAAUAUCCAGCUACUGACAUAACACCCGACGACAAUCUACCAGUUGGAAAAAAUGUUCUCUAUCUUACGGACAUACAAGAAUCAGCUAAUUAUACUUGCACGGCGUCCAGUCCAAUUGGUGUAAUACACGCUACUUCUAUGGUGAAAGUUCAAUCACUUCCUGGUCCACCUGAAAACAUUCAAGUGUCCGACAUAACUGCAACAUCCGUCAAACUGAGCUGGUCUUACAAGGGACCGGACGAGUUGCAAUACUACGUAAUCCAACACAAGCCUAAACAGGCUAAUCAGCCGUUCACCGAGAUUUCCGGUAUCACAACGAUGUAUUACCACGUCAGAGGUCUUAGCCCUUACACCGAGUACGAGCUUUAUGUGAUAGCCGUGAACCACAUAGGCCGUGGUCCCCCAAGUGCCCCGGUGACCGUCACCACUGGUGAAACAACGGAAUCAACGAAUGGAGGUGCCAAACCGGGUACUGCGCCAAGGAAGGUUCAGGUCCGACCUUUGAGUUCCAGCACAAUGGUUAUACAAUGGGACGAACCAGAAACACCUAAUGGUCAAGUGACGGGUUACAAGGUUUAUUACACGAUGGAUCCGAAUCAACCAAUGGCGUCAUGGCAAUUUCAAAUGGUCGACAACAGUCAGUUAACAACAUUAUCCGAUUUGACACCUCACACGAUAUAUACCAUCCGGGUACAGGCACUUACAAGCGUUGGACCUGGCCCUUUAAGUGCGCCCAUACAAAUUAAAACGCAACAAGGGGUACCAAGUCAACCAGAGAUGUUGACGGUUGUAGACGUUGGGGAGACCAAGGUGACGCUCCGUUGGAGCAAGCCAGCUCAUAGCAGUGAGAAUAUUCUCAGCUAUGAGCUUUAUUGGAAUGAUACUUAUGCGAAGGAAAAACACCAUCGGAGAAUACCAGUGACCGAGAAUUACACCUUGAUCGGUCUCUACCCGAACACGCUUUAUUACAUCUGGUUAGCCGCUAGAAGUCAACGCGGGGAGGGUGCAACAACUAUACCUUGUCCAGUUCGCACGAAACAGUACGUACCCGGGGCUCCGCCUCGCAAUGUAACCGGCCAAGCGAUCAGCCCGACCUCCAUAUUGGUAACAUGGGAACCCCCACCUGCCGAACGCUCCAACGGGAGGAUAUCUUACUACAGACUACAAGUCGUCGAGAGCGGACGCUCCGAUUCCGAGGCGAAGGUUAUCAAACUGAAUCAGACGCGAUUCGUCUUGGACGAGCUCAAAAAGUGGACCGAGUAUCGGAUCUGGGUAUUGGCGGGGACCAGCGUAGGUGAUGGGCCCCCGAGUUAUCCUAUCUCGGUCAGAACUCAUGAGGACGAUGACAAAAUGCCAGGAGAUCCUCAAAACGUCAAAGUAACGUCGAUCAAUUCGACGGCGAUACACGUCGAAUGGGAUGCGCCCAAGGCGAAGGACCAAAAUGGGGUUAUUAGGGGUUACCACAUACACGUACAAGAAGUACGAGAAGAAGGAAGAGACGACGUAUUUAACGAACCUAUACGUCGCGACGUCCAAGAGGACGGUGUACGUGAAAUAAAUAUCACAGGACUGCAACCGGAUACAAGGUACUCCGUACAGAUAGCCGCGUUGACGAGAAAAGGUGACGGUGAUCGAUCGGCACCGGUUCACGUUAGAACACCAGGCGGGGUACCAAAUAGACCUCAAGUUAACAUAAAAGUCCUCAGCAGAGAUCCCGUCGUACUUGAAUUAGAAUGGAUGGAACCAACCCAAACAUAUGGCGAUUUAUUGGGUUUUAGAAUUCGCUAUGGUAUUAAAAAUCAAACGCUUAAAAAAGAAUUCAUUCGUGGGACUCGUCAGCAUACUUACAAAAUCAACGAUCUCGAAGAACGCGGCGUCGAAUACGAGUUUAGAGUUGCCGGUCAGAACAGUAUAGGAUAUGGUCAAGAAACUGUACAAUAUUGGUCAAGUCCCGAGGGAGAACCUAGCGGAUCACCAACCAAUUUGUCUUACUUCUUCCAAACGCCUGACACUCUCUGCGUCACUUGGGACAAACCUUUGAGACAACAUAGGAACGGCCAGAUCAUUGGUUACGAUGUUCAGUUCAAUAAAAAGAACGAUCAUUCGUCGAUUAUAGAAAGGAAUACGACGAAAACGCGGGAGGUAUUUUCAAAUUUGGAAGAGGAUACGGAAUACGUUUUUCACGUUAGAGCUAGAACGAUGAGAGGUAGCGGUCCGUAUUCCGAAAAGAUAACGAUAAUAACGGAAAAGGAUAUCGGUAGAGCACCGAUGUUCGUCAAGGCCGUUGCAACUUCCGAAUCGAGCGUUGAAGUUUGGUGGGAACCAGUACCUAAUCGCGGCAAGAUCGUUGGUUAUCAAGUUUUCUAUACUACGACACCGGUCGAGGAUCUUGACGAGUGGAAACAAAAGACAGUUGGAUUGACCGAAUCAACCGACCUGGUUAAUCUCGAGAAAUUCACUCAAUAUGCGAUAACCGUUGCCGCAAGAUAUAAAACCGGUCUCGGUAGGAUCAGUCAAAAGAUCACAGUAACUGUCAAACCGGAAGAUGUGCCUUUGAAUCUCAGAGCACCGGAAUCGUCAACACACUCUAUGACGUUAUCAUGGACACCACCUAUAAGACUGAAUCCAACCAAUUACAAGGUGUCCUUCGACGCGGUUAAAGAGUUCGUCGAUUCUCAAGGUAUAACGCAAACUCAAAUCGUACCACGUCGGCAAAUCCUAUUUGAUCCUAGUGUCACUAGUACAACUAUUAACGAACUACAACCAUUUACUACGUACAACGUUAACGUCAGUGCCGUACCACGCGAUGGACAAUACAGGCCACCUGCUAAAAUUACCGUAACCACACAAAUGGCAGCACCGAAGCCUAUGGUAAAGCCAGACUUUUAUGGCGUCGUCAAUGGCGAAGAGAUUCAAGUGAUCCUACCUCAGGCGUCCGAAGAGUAUGGACCAAUUUCUCAUUAUUAUUUGAUCGUCGUACCUGAAGAUAAAUCUACGGCUGACAAACAGCCCGAUGAACUUACGGAAGAUAUGAUUACCGGGAAGGGUGCCAAACAGGAACGAGAAAACGCACCGUAUAUCGCUGCUAAGUUCCCCCAUAGAGACAUUCCUUAUACUUUCCAUUUGGGAAGUGGCGAUAUAUAUGAGGGAUAUGAAAACAGAAAGUUGGAGAGAAAUAAGAGAUAUAGAAUUUUUGUACGUGCUGUGGUCGAUACUCCUAGAAAGCAUCUCUACACUUCUUCGCCUUUCUCCGAGUAUCUUUCAUUGGACAUGAGAGAAGUUCCACCAGGCGAACCACCGCGGCGGCCAAACCCAAAUACUCCAGUCGAUGGAAAUCCUGAAGUGUCCGUUAAAACCAGCGGACAGGAGCCUGGUAUGGUUUGGGUAAUCGGACCUAUAAUAGCAGCACUUAUGGUCAGCAUCUGUCUGAUUCUAUUAUUCGUAAUAAAAAAACGAAGGCAACCGUGCAAGGCACCAGAUCAGGCCGCAGUAACUCGACCGCUUAUGGCAGCAGACAUUAGUUCGAAUCAUGCACCGUCCGAUCCAGUCGAGAUGAGACGUUUGAAUUUCCAAACACCCGGCAUGAUAUCACACCCACCAAUACCCAUAAGCGAAUUGGGAAAUCAUAUCGAACGAUUGAAAGCAAGCGACAAUCUAAAGUUCAGUCAAGAAUACGAGUCGAUCGAACCCGGUCAGCAGUUCACUUGGGACCACUCGAAUAUGGAAGUGAACGCGUCAAAGAAUCGCUAUGCCAACGUGAUCGCCUACGAUCAUUCUCGAGUGAUCCUUCAAACGGUCGAUGGGAUGCCAGGGUCCGACUAUAUAAACGCGAACUAUUGCGAUGGUUAUAGAAAGCAGAACGCAUACGUGGCAACUCAAGGACCACUUCAAGAGACCUUCGGUGAUUUUUGGCGAAUGUGUUGGGAACUUCGUACUAGUACAAUCGUUAUGAUGACGAAACUCGAGGAAAGAACUAGAAUAAAAUGCGAUCAGUAUUGGCCAACAAGAGGUUCAGAAACUUAUGGCCAGAUGACGGUCACCAUUACCGAUAUCCAAGAGCUUGCUACCUAUUGUAUCCGUACUUUCCAGGUUUGUAGAGCCGGUUAUUCGGAAAGACGCGAGAUAAAGCAAUUGCAAUUCACUGCAUGGCCUGAUCACGGUGUUCCGGAACAUCCAGCACCAUUUUUACAAUUUUUGCGAAGAGUUAGGUCGUUAAACGUACCGGACAGUGGCCCAUUGGUGGUACAUUGUAGCGCUGGCGUUGGCAGAACCGGUUGUUUCAUCGUCAUAGAUUCUAUGCUCGAACGUAUAAAGCAUGAAAAAAUGAUCGACAUAUAUGGACACGUGACGUGUCUGCGAGCUCAGAGAAAUUACAUGGUACAGACUGAAGAUCAGUACAUAUUUAUUCAUGACGCCCUACUCGAAGCGGUGAUAUGCGGUAACACCGAGGUACCAGCUAGAAAUCUACAUUCUCACAUUCAAAAGCUCAUGCAACCUGAAAUCGACAAUAUUACCGGGAUGGAAUUGGAAUUUAAGAAAUUGUCUAACAUCAAAGCUGACUCGACGAGAUUCAUAUCGGCUAAUUUACCAUGCAACAAGCAUAAAAAUCGAUUGGUUCAUAUCUUACCCUACGAAUGUAGCAGAGUUUGUUUACAACCACAACGUAACAUCGAAGGUUCCGAUUAUAUAAACGCUAGUUUAAUCGAUGGAUACAGAUAUCGCGGUGCAUACAUUGCAACCCAGGGUCCUCUUUGCGACACCACUGAUGACUUUUGGCGUAUGUUAUGGGAGCAUAAUUCGACGAUCGUCGUAAUGCUGACUAAGCUAAAAGAAAUGGGUAGAGAAAAGUGCCAUCAGUAUUGGCCAUCCGACAGAUCUAUUCGUUAUCAGUGCUUCGUAGUAGAUCCCAUUGCUGAAUACAACAUGCCGCAAUACAUUUUACGUGAAUUCAAGGUCACCGACGCACGAGACGGAGCAAGCCGUACAGUUAGACAAUUCCAAUUCAUCGAUUGGCCGGAACAAGGUGUACCCAAGUCCGGUGAUGGUUUUAUCGAUUUCAUCGGUCAAGUUCAUAAAACCAAGGAACAAUUUGGUCAGGAUGGACCAAUCACUGUACAUUGUAGCGCCGGCGUAGGUAGAACGGGUGUCUUCAUAACGCUUAGUAUCGUCCUUGAACGUAUGCAAUACGAAGGUGUUGUCGAUAUAUUCCAAACAGUGAGAAUAUUGCGUACGCAACGUCCUGCCAUGGUACAAACGGAAGAUCAAUAUCAGUUCUGUUAUCGUGCCAGUUUGGAAUAUUUGGGAUCGUUCGAUCAUUACGCCAACUGACAAGCCGAUAAUCGGGAGCAAAGAGAUGCUACGAGAGAUCGAAGGGAACGGCAAAAAAAUGAAAGGGAUAUCGGAGAAAGGGCUAAAGUACGACGUGUUUAGUACAAUGGAGUAUAUCGUGUUAAGUGUGCAGCAAAAUGAGUAAAGCGUAGUUUUCAUGCGUAACAUUUUACUCGUACCUUCCAAGGACAAUUUAUUGUAGUCGCUAAAGCGAUUGUAAUCGCUAAUGUAUCACAGACGGUUUAAAAAAAAAAAAGAGGAAAACGGCAAAAAAAAAAAAUAAAUAAAUAAACAAGUAAAUAAAUAAAUAAAUAAAUAAGUAAACAAAUAAAUAAAUAAAUAAAUAAAAAGAAAAAUAAUAAUGGUAGACGAUGAAGAAGUGCAAUAGUCGAAAUGGUGUUGCAGCACACAUAAUCGCGCAAGGAAAUUUUCAUUCUUGACGGUAAUUUAAAUAUAUAAAUAUAGAAAAGCAUUCAAACAACUUUUAUCCUGAAAUGUAAGAAACAAAACUAGAAAGAUGAAAAGGAAGAUGAGAGGGAGAAGAAAAUGAUGAAGAAAAAAAAAGAAGAAGAAGAAGAAGAAGAAGUUGUCGUCUAAAUAAAUAGAUUUUAGAGCUCAAAGGUAAAAAGCUCGACUCGCAAUUGUAGCUAUAGCUAGCAGCGAGCUAAAGCAGAAAAAAAAAAAGAAAAAAGAAAAAAGGAAAAAAAAAGAAAAAAAAAAAGAAAUAAAAACUGCCGCUUAAGUGUACGUGAAUAUCCUCGUUGAUGAUGCGAUUGACCAUAUUCUCUCGAGGCACACUUUUUUUACUUUAUACAAAAUCUCAAAAAACAACAACAAAAGGAACAAAAAAGAAAGAAAGAAAGAAAGAAAGAAAGAAAGAAAGAAAGAAAGAAAAAUAAAAGAUACAAAAAGAAUGAGGGAUUUGUUAAAAAAACAUGAUUACCACCAUAUCGUUCUCGAAUGGGGAAAGGGAGGGGGGGGAAAGGGAGGAGAAGGAAGUACAUAACUGGAUUUAUGUCGUUCUACCUUAAAAUAAUUUUGCGAGGAACACACGCUCGCAAUGAGGACAUAAAUGCAUACAUAAAAACAUAAAUACAUACAUACAUAAAAAUAUACAUGAAGAUACUAACGCGCACGCACAUACAGACACAUACAUACGUUGACGUAUACAUCAAAAUCAAAAUUCGAAGACGAUCCCGAUUCUCCGAAUUGGAACAUAUCUUGAUAUAUGUGAGAGUAUUUAUUACACACCUCACUUAUGAAACAUUCUUUGCAGCUACAUUUUUGAAAUCUUUUGAGAAUUUCUUUAUUGAAGCUUAGGUAGUCUUCUAACGUUUAAGAUGAAAGAAAAAAAAAAAAGAAAAAAAAAAAAAAAGAAAAACAUGGGGGAAAAGAAAGAAAGAAAUAAUAAUUAAAUUACAAGCA